AGUUAGCAAGACUUGCCAAAGAAAAUUAAGCAAGGCUUGUCAGAAUGAACAGUACCAGCGAAGCUACAGUAAAAACAAACAGAUAUUUUGUUUUAGCUUUCCUAGUAAGCCAAAGGUGUUUGGCUACUAGAGUAAGUAUGUUCUAUUCUGAUUAUGUCUCUUGAUAAUCUAUUGUAAUGACACUUUUCAGAUCUAAGGAAUCAAGUUUCUCCUUCUUUACUCUUUUCUCUCUUCUUUUUCUCUUGUUCUUAACUUAGAUCUUCAUUUUCUGACAUCUUGCAGAUGAAGAUGGUAGCUGUGGAGAUCAUACAAAACUAUGAUUUCAAGGUCGUUGACAGUCAGAAAAUCGAACCAGUCCCUUCAGUCAUUCUCCGACUCAAACAUGGUCUUAAGGUUACAGUCAAUAAGAAAAUAUGAUUCUAAUCUUUGCCUGGUAACUAUUAGUAAUUUCCCUUGUCGAUAAUAAAUGCGUUACUACUUGUAUUAUUUUCCAAGCAAUCGAUGUAGGGUGUUAAUAUCUAUCAAGAUCUAGUAUGUAACACUCACGAAUCACGAUCACUAGUAGCUUAGCUAUAUAUACAGUCACGAACCUUCUUUUGAUUAAGGCCAACUCUUGUGGCUAUAUAAUGCCUAAGACCAUCUCCAAUGGAGUAUCUAAGAGGUCUAUUAGUAGUUUUCCCUUGUCGAUAAUAAAUGCGUUAUUACUUGUAUUAUUUUCCAAGCAAUCGAUGUACCGUGUUAAUAUCUAUCAAAAUCUAGUAUGUCACACUCACGAAUAUCACUAGUAGCUUAGCUAUAUAUAGUCACGAACAUUUUUUCAUUAAGGCCAACUCUUGUGGCUAUAUAAUGCCUAAGGCUACUAAAAGUGACGGACUUUUUUGGUAACUUAUAUAAUCAUGGUUUGUCAUGCAUAUUUCAUAACUGAGUUAGUCAUUACCACCUAUUUACCACUUUAUUUCCACUUACGCCAUUUCACAUCCAUUAAUAGAAAUCUUAGUUAUAGGCUUAUAGCUACGAAAUAUUCAAGAAAAAUCGUGAUUCUUUUACAAAGAUACAAAGUCUGUAACUUGGGUAGAGAAACAGAGUUCCGGUGGCAUGUUGUCGGAGAUGUUAUUGUUCUGUAAUAACCUUUUAAAAAACAAAAAAACCCAUCAGCAUAAAACUGGUUUCGAGGUUGAAGAAACAAACAAAAAAAAAACAAAAGUCCCAAACUUUAUUUUGUAUUGUUGCGAAGAAACAAACAAAGAGAGAAGGGUGUCGCAGUCUUACACUUGAUGGAGGUUAGUGAGGUUUGCGAUGGAGGCUGAAAAUGUACCAGAAAGGAACUCCUCUGCCAUUGGAGAUAGAAGAAGAUUAAUGUCUGUCGGAGUUGUUACAAGAAACCAAGACAUAGAGAGUAAAAACACUUACAGGAUAGUAACGAGGUUGUCGGGAGAACAAGUGAUCAUGGUCCAGCUACAAGGAUCAACAGAGAACUCAUCCCAGUUGUUCAAAACACCACGAGGGUAGUGUAAAUCGUUCUUUAUGUUUAUCAGAGCUUCCACUGUCAACAAAAGAAAACAUAAAUUUUGAAGCUUUCAAACACCCAAAGAAAUUAAAAUUAAAAAAAAAAGGUAAUUUUUUGUGCUACUUUCAGGGUUUCUGUGCUGAGAAGAGAGAGAGCAAGUGGAGAAACAGAGUAACAAGAAGGAGACGAAAGGGAAGAGAAAGUAAGGAUCUUUUUCCUCUUGUUAAUGACUAAACUGUCUUAGUGAUAUAAUUGAUAUAGUUUAUGGUGUUGCUUGUUAUAUCACUAAAACUUAUUAUUUGUUUUUCUUUUUAAUUUGUUUCUUGUACUGUUGAGACUUCAUAAAUUAUCUAAAAGUUGUUGAAAAUACCUUUUGUUUUUUGAUAUUUUUUCUCCAAUUUAGUUGUGUAAAUUGUGUGUAUUAAAUAAUAAUUUUUAUUAUCCUUAUUAUGUUUGUCAUAGGUUUUUAUUUUUUAACUUAUUGCUUUUAAAACAAAUACAUGAAUACUUGUACAAAUAACUAUAAAAUGAGUGACAAUUCUGAGUAUUAGAGUCUUAAUGAGUUUUAAACAAAUAUAUAUAUUUCUCAUAAUAAGACAAUAGCAUUGGCCUAUUGACAUUAGGCAUGUAAGCUUUUUUUAUAAGACAAGAAAAGUGAACAGGUGGAGAUGUUGUUGCCGCUUUUGUGUCUGUCGGGAUUGUCUCUUGUAUCUCCUGGUGUGACUGUGUUUGUUUCUCUUUUAUUUGAUGGGUAAUAUGUAAACAAAAAUCAUUGUUAUUUGUAUUUAUCAGAGUUUAAUUGUAACUUACUCUGUUUUUUUUUGUUUCGGUAGUUUCACUGAUUUUGGUUGUCGUCUUCAUCUUUUUCGUUAGCAUCUGCGAAAAGUAAGUUUGUAACUUGUUAAAUAGCUGGUCGUAUAGUUUGUAUUUGUUUAGCUGACUCGAUGUAUAUGUCAUUGAGUUUUAGUUGAGGUGAUUGGUUUGAUAUAUUUGUAAGAUUAGACAAAAAAAGAGAGGUGAUCAUUUAUGAUUCGUCUUUUUUUGGGAUUCUAGUUUUUGAUGUUUUGAUUGUUUGGGUUGUUGUGGUUUCUUUUAAGCUGUAAAAUAAAAUUUUGUAUAAAAUUAGUUUAAUAAGUAAGAGAGAUAAAUAGACUACCACAGAUCUUGGGUAGAAAAUAUUUUUGAUUAUUGAUGUUAGCACAAUAUAUAGAGUAAUAUAAAGAGAAUUGUGUAUUGAUUGUUUCUUACGGAUAAAUGAGGAGACGGAUAACGACUCGAGUUGUUUCUUUGGUGAGAUCAGAGCCCUGGACAGAACGAAUUUGUCCAACCACAUCUGCGAGUUUAAAUAUCAGUUAUGAUAUCGAAACAUAAUAUAAACUCAGAUGCAAUAUGAUAUACCUGAGAGUUCUAGGUUUGUGUUCGGAAUCACUUGGAGAUUGUCGAACAGUCUAAUCAUGACUGGAGAUUGAUCUGAGGAGCACCUGUGAUGACUUCAUCAAUAAUGGUUGGUGAGAUGAAACAAAUGAGGAAUGAAUGAUCAGUUAUCUUGGGUACAUGCUUGAGUACCAAGCAACCAAGAUGGAGAGACUCGAAGGUUGAGUGACGAACGCCAGGGACACCGGUUUGAGGAACUGGAGAGACAGAGAGAAACAUUUUCAAGAAGAUUGUUAAAGUUAAGAGGAAUCAAUGAGUUUUGUAGAGAUGCAGAUUGAGUUCAUCAAAGAUAAGAAUCAUAUAUAUAUAUAUAUAGGAUUUACAGAGAGGCUACAAAUCAGGAACAUUUAUGAUCAAACAAUUUAAGAUGGGGAAAUGAAGAGUUCACUGGUGAAAAAAUAGAUUACGAACAGACACACAGCAGAACUCUGUAACUCAUAUUUGUCUGAGGCAAUGAUGAAAAAAACUCUAACUCAUAUUAAACGACGACAGUUUACAAUAUGAGAAAACUAUAAUUGUUUCAAACUUGAGUUUUUUUUUUCAUAUAACGUGAUGAAUCUCAUUUAAAAAUGAAAUUCAUAAUAUACUUGUAGAUCUGACCCUCAGAGAAAGCCGAAGAAGCAAAGACUUUCAACCUUCAUAAAUAUAUAUUGGUUUCAGCCAUCAAUGUACAAAGUAUUAUUUAAUUUAGUGAUAUAAAUAUUAGUGUUUAUAUCUCAAUAAUCCGGAUUCAAGCUUUUAACUUGAUAUUUUUUUCACACUUUUUAAAAGUAGAGUCCACAAAACAUUGAUGGCACAGAGGAGUGAGCAAAGUGCCAAUGUAGAUUUUUUUAGAUUCGUUCAUGUCAAUGUCAUCUGGCCAUACAAACAGCUAGAUCUGAGAUGAUAGUUCUCGAACUUGGGAUAUUUUGCACAAUUUUAAAUUCGCCUUACCACUUAAUUAAGUUCGUGUGGUUGGAUCCAUUUUAACAUCCAUUUUAAAACGAGUUUUUUCUCCGAUGCCUUGUGGACCUAAUCCUUGACAUGUUUGCCGACGAUAACAUUAUUCCUUCAAUUUUCCAACCACAACAUUUUUACUACUUGUACAUGUUAUAUAUAGCAAACCAACUGAACUAAAAUUUCUGUAUCCAAACCUAUAAAUCCUUUUGUAUGUAAAAAUGGCUAUGAUAGGCUUAUUUGGAGUCUUGAUAGCAUUCAUUUUCUUCCUUGUAUUCCAAUGUUUCUUUGUUUGCAAGAAAUCCCACAAUGUGGCUUUGCUGGAGAACUGGCCUUUCCUUGGGAUGCUUCCCGGAAUACUCUUCAAUCUCCCUCGAAUUUUUGAUUGGCUUUCUGAGGUUCAUGAGGCCAACGAUAUGACUUUCGCUUUCAAAGGGCCUUGGUUUAGUGGAACAGACAUGUUGUUCACGGUUGAUCCAAGGAAUGUCAAUCACAUGCUCAGCUCAAAAUUUCCGAAUUACCAUAGAGGACCUGAAUUCAGAAAGAUCUUUGAUAUCUUGGGAGAUGGAAUCGUAGCCGCGGAUAUGGAGUUAUGGGAGGAUCUGAGAAAGUCAGGUCACGCCUUAUUCCACCAUCAGAACUUCCUGGAGCUCUCUUUAAGUUGCACUACAAGUAAGUUAAAGGAUCAUCUUGUUCCAUUUCUUGAUAAAGCUGCUGAGGAAAACAUUGUCAUAGACUUACAAGAUGUGUUCAAGAGAUUCAUGUUUGAUACUGCCUCCAUUUUGAUGACUGGUUAUGAUCAAAUGUCUCUAUCCAUCGAGAUGCCCAAAGUUGAGUUUAGUGAAGCUGCAGACUUCUUUGAAGAAGCUACCUUCUAUAGACAUCUCAAACCGGUGAUUUUGUGGAGGCUUCAAUAUUUGAUUGGUGUUGGAACUGAGAGGAAGAUAAGAACUGCUUCGGAGAUUUUCAACAGUUUGUUUGCAAAGAUUAUAUCUUCAAGAAGAAAAGAAGAGAUAAGCCGCGGGGAAAAAGAGCCAGGAAUUGACGCAGUAACGUAUUAUUUGAAUGCAGACACAACCAAAUAUAAGCUGUUGAAACCUAGUAACGAUAAGUUUAUAAGAGACGUUGUUUUGAGUCUAUUGUUGGCAGGAAGGGACACAACAAGCUCAGCCCUAACUUGGUUCUUCUGGCUUCUUUCUAAGCAUCCUCAAGUUAUGACCAAGAUCCGACAAGAGAUCAACGCAAAGUUUGAUGCCACAGAUCUAGAGAAGCUCGUGUAUCUACACGCUGCGUUGUCGGAAUCAAUGAGGCUCUACCCACCGGUUCCCUUCAACCACAAGUCUUCUUCAAAGUCAGAUGUGCUUCCAAGCGGGCACAAAGUUGUAGCAGGUUCAAAGAUUGUAAUCUCUAUUUACGCAUUGGGAAGAAUGAGAUGUGUAUGGGGAGAAGACGCAUCAGACUUUAAACCAGAGAGAUGGAUUUCAGAGAAUGGAGGGCUCAGAAGUGAACCUUCAUCCAAGUUCUUGGUUUUCAGUGCAGGUCCAAGAACUUGCUUGGGUAAACGUUUAGCUCUUUUGCAGAUGAAGAUGGUAGCUGCGGAGAUCAUACAAAACUAUGAUUUUAAGGUCGUUGAAGGUCAGAAGAUCGAGCCAGUCACCUCUAUCAUUCUCCGAAUCAAACAUGGUCUUAAGGUUACAGUCAGUAAGAAUAUAUGAUUCUUAUGUUUGCCUGGUUUCUACGGUAACUAUUUGUUUCCCCUUGUCGAUAAUAAAUGCGUCAGUACUUGUAUUAUUUUCCAAGCAAUAUCUAUAAGAAUCUAGUAAAACU